GAGGAGGAGGAGGCGGCGACGUCGCCUCCAUUACCCCCAGAGUCGGUUAAUAAGAAUAAGAAUCGUCAUCAUAAUAAUCCCUCUUCUUCGUUUCUAUCCUUCCGGCCUCCCUCAGGCGUCGCCCGCCUAUCCGGCCCAGCCAGAGCCCUCCUCCUCUUCGCCCCGCCGCCACCAAAGCCAGCCUCUGGGCGGAGCGGGACACGGAGGCCGGAACUGGCAGCAGCAGCAGCAGCAGCAGCAGCAGCAGCAGCCGCCAUGGCGGACUGGGGCCGAGGUCAGAAUGCAAGUGCUGUGGAUGAUAUGAUAGAUUCAGAAAACAAGCGCAUGACAGAAAACCUUGCUUCUAAAGUCACCCGGCUAAAAUCUCUUGCACUAGACAUUGACAAAGAUGCUGAGGAUCAAAAUCACUAUCUGGAUGGCAUGGACUCUGAUUUCAUGAGUGUAACAGGCCUUCUGACAGGAAGUGUAAAGCGUUUCUCCACCAUGACCCGUUCUGGAAGGGACAAUCGCAAACUUCUUUGUUAUGUAUCAGCUGGACUUGUUGCUAUCUUCUUCAUCCUCUAUUAUUUGGUGGCAAGAGCACGGACUUGAGAAACUUUACCAAAAAUAUACCUGGAUGCUUGCUUGUAAAAAGUGAAACAACCUUUUAACAAGAGGGACGGGGGCCUUAGAAGACUUCCAGUUAUGUAUUUUGAGAAGAAUUGCUUAGAUUUCACAGUGAUCCCGAGACUCCUCUAUGGGCCCCAAUGUUAUUUCUCCAGUCUAACUUUUUUACUUUAAAAAAGGAUACAGUUUAUAUAGUUCCCUGUGGAAGCAUAAGUUCAGCACAAUUCACUUCCAUGUUGAAAAGAAACAUUCUUAAACUAAUUUUCUCUUUCUGCUGGACAGGAGGGGAAAUUACAUGAUCUAGGCAGAAAAUUCUGAUUCACAUCUUGACUGCAAUCCAUACUAUAGCAGAAAUGUCCCAGUACUCAAGUUAAAUGAAAAAUAAGUUUUGACAACAGGAUGCUGAUACAAGAACAUACAAGUCUCCUUGAAACUAAUUUAGCUAUUGUAGCAACAGCUUGUUUUAAGAAAAAUAACCCAUAUUCAUCUCUGUUCCUGGACACACCAGCACUUAUAUCCUCUGCAUGUUACUCUGAAGGACUUGCUUAAUAGAACAGAGAUGUGCUUGAAAUCUCCAAAAAGAGGGAGGGGUGAAAACUUAAAACAAAUGCUGUCAUCUUGUCUGCCUUUUUUUGUUUGUUUAUUUGUCUUUUUUUGGUUCUCAUUCUUGUCUAGCUAGGCUUUUUAUAUUUAUCCCUGAUUAUAUAAAACCUUAUAAGAAGUCAAUCUAACUUCAUUUUUAAGGAUUUGGAAAGAUUAACCUAUUAAAUAUGCAUUAUUGAUCCACUGAUAGCAGAUUAAGUCUUCAGUCAUAUACAGACUUGGCUAGGGGUAAAUUCCUUUGAACUCAAUGAGACUUAUUCUCAGUAGAUGUGUAGAAGUGUGCUAUAAUUUCUAUAGCAGGCUGUUCCAUAAUUAACUACUUCCAUCUCGAAGCAAAUAAGUUUUCCUACAAAACUCCUUAGUUUACAUUUUUUAAUUUUUUUUAAUAAGGCUAGAUUUGUUGACAAAAUAUUAACAGCAAAAUCAGAGUUAAAUUAGUACAUAUUCUUAACAGUACAAAUCUAUGUAUGUCUACAUAAAACAAAGUCUCAUUGGAUUCAAUAGGACUUCCAGGCAUGUAUGGAUAUAGAAUACAUCCUAAGUUUUUCAUAUCUUGGCUAGUGUUUCAGUGUUUUCAUUUCCCCAAAGUAAUUUGCCAUCAUCUACUGUUCCACAAUAAAAAGUGCAAUGUAA